AUGCGCCUUUCCAGCCGCAUGCUUCCCAUUUCCCGCCUCCAUACAUGCCUACCCGCCUCCCUAUUCCCUUUUUCCGUCGCCCGGCGAACCGUCCCUCCCUUCUCUCCCUUCCCUCACUUUCCUCCCUUCCCUCCUUCCCUCCCUUCCCCCCUUUCCCAUCAAUCCCACCCUUCUCUCCCGUCUCUCCCUUCCCUCCCUGUCCCCCUUCCCUCUUUCCCGCACCUGCCCUCCCUUCUCUCCCUUCCCUCACCUCCCUCCCCUCCCUCCUUUCCCUCCUUUCCCUCUAAUCCCUCCCUUCUCUCCCUUCUCUCCCUUCCCUCCCUUUCUCCCUAUGCCUCCCUUCUCUCCCUGCGCUCCCAUCUCUCCUUUCCCUCCCUCCUCUUCCGUCCCUCCCUUCACUCCCUGCAUUCCCCUCCCUCCUUUCCCUCCAAUCCCUCCCUUAUCUCCCUCCUCUCCCUUCCCUCCCUUUCUCCCUUCCCUCCCUUUCUCCUUUCCCUCCCUUCUCUCCCUCACUCACUUCCUCCUUCCCUCCCUUCCCUCCUUCCCUCCCUCCCUUCCCUCCCUUCCCUCCCUUCCCUCCCUUCCCUCCCUUCCCUCCCUCCCUUCCCUCCCUUCCCUCCCUUCACACCCUUCCCUCCCUUCACCCUUCCCACCCUUCUCUCCCCCCUUACCUUCUCUCCCUUCCCUCUCAUCCCUCAUUGCAAUCUCCUGUCUCUCCCUUCUCUCCUUCCUCUCCUUUCUCUCCCUUCUUUCCCGUCCCUCCCUUCCCUCCCUUACCUCCCUUCCCUCCCUUCCCUCCAUUCUCUUCAUUUUCUCCCUUCUCCCCCAUCCCGCCCAUCUCUCUCACCCUACCACCCUUUUCUCACUUCCCCCCUCCCAUCCCCUUCCAGCCCCUCCUCUCCCCUUCCAGCCCCUCCCAUCCCCUUCCAGCCCCUCCCAUCCCCUUCCAGCCCCUCCUCUCCCCUUCCAGCCCCUCCUAUCCAUGCGCACACAGCAGGUUCGUUUUCCUAA